AUGGUUUCCGGUAACCCUCGCGCUCCACCACCGCCUUCAUGUGCUUUCGAAGAGUUUCUCUUGGGUCUGACUGCGGAGAGCAUCACCGUGCGCCUCCUGCUGGUUCUCAUGAAGAGACUGGAAAGUAAGGAGGCUAAUGGUGGCAGUUCUAAUAAAGAGGUUGACGAGACUCGACGUAUCAAAGGCACGAGUUCAAAGGUUGGCACGCUUAUUGGUAAAGGCGGAGAGAUGGUGCGGCAUCUUCAGUUCAAAUCUGGUGCCAAAAUCCAAAUUCGGACGGAUUCUGAGGCUGAUCCAAAUUCAUCUUUAUGA